CACACCCAGUGGCUAGGCUCGCACGGAACCGAGCGCAUGCAGUGGGCAAGUCGCAAGCGAGAGAGCGCGCUCGGUUUUCUUUUCUUACUACUUCCCCUGCACGUGCACGGACGCCACUGCUAACUAGCUAAUCUAGCAGUCAGCAUAGGAGACUGGUUGGAGAGAAGAGAACCUCAGUGCGCGAAAAAAGAACUCAAGCCUCAAGGAGGGUAUACGCCGCCGCGCCGAGUCGUCCACGUCCGAGGAGGAACGCACGCGCUCACGCGGCGCCGAUGGAUGGAAGCGGUGCCGGCACCGGCAGCGCCACGCUGCUGCGGAAGCGGCCGCUGUCCGUGAACACAGCGUCGUCGACGGCGGCGGCGAUUGAGCUCGGGAGCAAGCAGGCCGCCGGGGUUGUGGCGGCCAUCGAGGAGGAGCCGGUGAGCCCGACGGGGCGGCUGUUCCGGGAGCCGAACUUCCGCUGCCACAUCGUGUCCGUGUUCGGCCUCGGCGCGCCGGUGGACCUGCCGGCGCUGCGGGCCGGGGUCGCCGCCACGCUCGCGCGCCACCCUCGCUUCUGCAGCGUCCAGGUGGUAAAUGAGAAGGACGCCAGACCGAAGUGGAUACGGACAGCGGUGAACGUGGACGACCACAUCAUCGUCCCCGAGCUGAACCCCGCCACCACGUCGGCCGACCCGGACAAGGCGCUGGAGGACUACGUGUCGUCCCUGUCGACGCGGCCCAUGGCGCACUCCCGGCCGCUGUGGGAGGUCCACGUCCUGGACUUCCCCACCGCCGACGCCGCGGCGGCGCUGGCGCUCCGCGCGCACCACUCCGUCGGCGACGGCGUCUCCAUGCUCUCCCUCUUCAUGGCCUGCACCCGCAGCGCCGCCGACCCGGGCGCGCUCCCUUCCCUCCCGCCGGCCCGGCGCGCGGGCCCCGUCCACGCUGUGCGGCGGCCCGCGGGCGCGCUGGCGGCGCUGGCCGCGUGGCUCCUGUCCUUGCUCGUGCUGGCGUGGCGCACGGCGGUGGACGUGGCAUGCUUCGUCGCGACGGCGGCGUCGCUGCUGGGCGACGCGCCCACGGUGCUCAAGGGCAAGGAGGGCACCGAGUUCCAGCCCAGGCGCUUCGUGAACCGCACGCUCAGCCUGGACGACAUCAAGCUCGUCAAGAAUGCAGUGGGCUGCACUGUAAACGACGUUCUUCUUGGGAUAACCUCUAGCGCUCUGUCUCGGUAUUAUUACCGGAGAACAGGUGAAAGCGACAGUAAGAGGAGCAUCACGGUGCGGUCGGCUGUUCUCGUCAACUUACGGGCGACGCCCGGCAUACAUGCACUGGCGAGCAUGAUGGAGUCCGGCAACGACAACAACAACGGCGCCGCGAGGUGGGGAAACAAGCUGGGCUACAUGCUGAUCCCCUUCCACCUGGCCAAGCACGACGACCCCACGGAGUACGUCCGUACGGCGGCCAAGGUGACGCGCAGGAAGAAGAGCUCCAUGGAGUCGGCCUUCACCUUCUGGAGCGGGGACAUGGUUCUCAGACUCUUCGGCAUCAAGCUGCUGCGCUCUGCUACGGCAUGUUCACGCACACCACCCUGUCCUUCUCCAGCAUGGUCGGGCCGACUGAGCAGGUGCUGUUCUGCGGCAACCCCAUCGUCUACAUCGCGCCCAGCACCUACGGCCACCCACAUGCCCUGACUGUGCACUACCAGAGCUACAUAAACUCCGUGAAGCUAGUCCUGUCGGUAGACGAAGCGCAGUUUCCGGAUGGCCGUCAGCUCCUGGACGACUUCGCCGAGUCCCUCAGGAUCAUCCGCGAGGCAGCUCCAGGAAAACCAGGGGACACGCAGGAUGCUGCUUCCACUUGAACGUAGACUAUAGCCAUCAGGCAGAAGCUCCAAGCAUUCUUGUCGUGCUCCAGUUGUGUCUGAUCAUGUGUGUGUGUGCGCGCGCGUGAGCGCAAUUGAGAUCUCGUUGCUGGCCGUCACAGACUUUUUGGGUGCGCGGCUUGAUAGCACUCCAACAGAGGGUUCAGGACUUCAGGUUACUUAAUCUUUCAACUUGGAUAAUGCGACGUGAAGGCAAUGAUCUUUGGAAACAAAUGAUUAAUAAGUUUGCAUUAGAAAGGUC